AAGGGCGGACGAGUGGAGCAGAGAAGGAAAGGACGAGCCGGGGAACAGAAAGGACGAGUAGGAGAUUUGAGAACAGCGGAUCCAAGCUGCCUAUUACAAAGAUUCAUAAAGCUAAUAACCAGAAUGAUGGAAGAUCUAUGGUUAGAAGUAACUCUUUAAUUGAUCGACCCAGGGCUGAUCAAACCAGAUCCUCCAGUAGUUUGCGGACUCCGAUGUCAGUUUUAGUUCGAAGCAUUUCCGCAAACCGAUCAGUGGAGAAAAGUAAAGAGAUGAUGACACCAGUUAGAUACUCCACAGUAAGGAAACCCUUCCUUUCUUCUGCUAAAAGUAGAGUUUCUGGACGCGGAUCUACAAUAGGAUCACUUGGCGUUAAAGACACCAGAUCCUUGACAGACAAAACCUAUCAGAGCAGUUUAGUCAAAAAAAUACUUGAUUUUCUCAGGGAGAACGGGUACAGAAAUGGUGCUCUAACAUCAAAACACUUUCCUCUCUCUACAAAGGAGUUCAUCGAUUUAUUCAACUUCACAUACAGUUUUAUCAAUCCUGAUAUAACCAGUGCUCUGCCCUACAGUAAAGCCGAAGAUCAGAUUAUUAAUAUUCUGAAGAACGAGCUCAAUUAUCCAGGAACGGUCAGCAAAAGUAAUCUGAUUACAAUGGGUUCUUUACACAGUUGGCCGACAGUUCUAGGUUGUCUUUCCUUUCUCGUUGAAAGUGCAAAGGUGCAUCUAAAGGUUUCCGGCAAGAUUAUUCCGAUAGCUUUUCCGUGCAAAGAUGAACAAGGAUUCUCUAUAGACAGUAAUCUAGAGAUUGAUCUUCGUCAGCUGAAACGGCUGGAUGAGGAAGUUCGAGCGUUGCAUGAGAAGAAUGAGCUGCUCAUUAAAGAAGCCGAGGAGUAA